CGGCGCGAGCUUUAACGGUCCGACCGCGCGCCCCUGGAUUUAAAGCUCUCGCCAUCGAAACCCCCCCCUCCCCCUCCCCCCACUUUGGAGUUGUUUUUAAUUAUCUAAACGCCGCGGUUUUGCUGUGGCCGCCGCCAUGUGCCUGCUGCUGGGCGCCACUGGGGUCGGGAAAACCCUCCUGCUGAAAAGAUUGCACAAGUUGAGUCUCAAAGAAAAUGUUGCUGAUUUAGGAGAACCUCCAUCUACAUUGCCCACGGUGGGGACUAAUUUAACGGACCUCACAGUUAAUAAAAAGAAGAUCACUAUUCGGGAACUGGGGGGCUGUAUGGGCCCCAUCUGGUCGAGUUACUAUGGAGAUUGUUCAGCUGUCAUAUUUAUGAUCGAUGUUGCCAAUUCCACUCAGAUUUCAGCUUCCUGUAUGCAGCUUCUUUCAGUCCUUGCAGCUGAGGAACUACAGCAGACCUCAGUCCUAAUUCUGUUCAACAAAAUUGACCUUCCCUGUCCCAUGUCAUUCGUGGAAAUGAAAAGUCUAUUCAGACUGGACGACAUCAUAGCGUGUGCUAAACAGCCCCUCAGUGUGCUUGAAGUUAGCUCUCGAGAUGGCAGUGGACUGCAGGAGGUCCUAAAAUGGCUUCGCUCACAUUUCAAGGAUUAGCACCCACCUCUGCAGUCAAGACACUGUGAAUCAGACCCAGAACAAACUUGCCCUAGACCAACCUAUUUCA